CUCUCAUCACAACCCCCACUCAACACCUCACAAAUCUCAUUCCAACUGCUAAAAUUUUCUCAUACAGAAGAAGCAGUUGGGAGUAAGAGAAGAAAUCACCAACAGACGAGCAACAAUGGCUUCCACUUUGGCUGUUUCAAUGGCCAUGCCCAUGACCAGUGCCACCCAGAAGAGGCUGCAGGGGUCUGAAGCCUUCUUCAGGCCAUUGCCUGUGCGGCCUUCAAAGUCUAUGGCUGCCGCAUCAUCCAAAUCCAGUGGGAAGUUUGAGGUCAGGGCUUCCCUGAAGGAGAAGGCGGUCACGGGGUUGACAGCGGCUGCGCUGGCGGCUUCUAUGGUGAUUCCAGAGGUGGCAGAGGCUGCAGAUUCUGGGUUAUCGCCGUCGCUCAAGAACUUCUUGCUCAGCAUUGCUGCCGGUGGUGUUGUGCUCGUCGUCAUAGUUGGUGCUGUGAUUGGUGUUGCCAACUUCGAUCCUGUCAAGAGGAGCUGAGAGAUGAUAUUAUGAUCAUGCUGGGAAUUUUUUAGUUUCUUUUCAUCAUGCACCUGUUUUUCUUCUUCUAAGUAAUAUUCUCUGUAUCAUGCGUGUAAUCCUUGACUCCAUCAGCUGUAAUUUGGCCAGAAAAAUGGUUAUCUCCAAAUCUCAAUUCCCAUUUUGGCUGAA